ACUCACCUAUUUUCCGACCCCACCAAGGAUUGUCGCCCUCGUCUUCUUGAAUUCUGGGCAGCGCUUGGAAUUCGAGAAGCUGCAUCGAUUCUUGAUCCGCAAUCAUGGCUGAUAAAGGGCUCGAGGACAUCGAGCAAUCACAGAUCGAGUCCAACUAUGACGAGACCGUCGACUCCUUCGAUGAGAUGAACCUGCGGCCCGAGCUGCUGCGAGGUGUGUACGCCUAUGGGUUUGAACGCCCCUCCGCGAUUCAGCAACGUGCCAUCAUGCCGGUCAUCAAGGGUCACGACGUAAUUGCGCAGGCCCAGUCUGGCACUGGCAAGACUGCCACCUUCUCAAUCUCCGUCCUUCAGAAGAUCGACCCCAACGUCAAGCAGUGCCAGGCGCUGAUCUUGGCCCCUACCCGAGAGCUGGCUCAGCAAAUUCAGAAGGUCGUCGUCGCCAUCGGCGAUUUCAUGAACAUUGAAUGCCAUGCUUGCAUUGGUGGAACCAGCGUCCGUGAGGACACGAAGGCCCUUCAGGAAGGACCGCAGGUCGUCGUCGGCACGCCCGGCCGUGUCCAGGAUAUGAUUCAGCGACGAUUCUUGAAGACGGAUGCCAUGAAGAUGUUCGUCCUCGACGAGGCCGACGAGAUGCUUUCUCGUGGUUUCACCGAGCAAAUCUACGACAUCUUCCAACUUCUUCCCCAGUCGACCCAGGUGGUUCUGCUGUCUGCCACCAUGCCCCAGGAUGUCCUCGAGGUGACGACCAAGUUCAUGCGGGACCCCGUCCGCAUUCUCGUCAAGAAGGAUGAGCUUACCCUCGAGGGUAUCAAGCAAUUCUACAUUGCCGUCGAGAAGGAGGAGUGGAAGCUGGACACACUUUCUGAUCUUUACGAGACGGUCACCAUCACUCAGGCGGUUAUCUUCUGUAACACCAAAAGAAAGGUCGACUGGCUUACUGACAAGCUGACCGCUCGUGACUUCACGGUUUCGGCCAUGCACGGCGACAUGGACCAGGCCCAGCGAGACCUGAUCAUGAAAGAGUUCCGCUCCGGCUCUUCGCGUGUCCUGAUCGCCACCGAUCUCCUGGCCCGUGGUAUCGACGUGCAGCAGGUUUCGCUCGUCAUCAACUACGACCUCCCGGCUAACCGCGAGAACUACAUUCACCGUAUCGGUCGUGGCGGUCGGUUCGGCCGAAAGGGCGUUGCCAUCAACUUCGUCACUGCCGACGACGUGCGUAUGAUGCGCGAGAUCGAGCAGUUCUACAGCACCCAGAUCGAGGAGAUGCCGAUGAACGUGGCCGACCUGAUCUAAAGGUAUCUAGCAUUUCUCAUAGCAGACGGGGGGGGGGGGGGGGAAUAUUGUUUGUCUAUCUAUAUGCUAUUAUAAGCAUAGGAACCAAACCCUCGGUCUCACGACGCUUGUUGGUGGCAUGGGGAUAGAUAGAC